UCUUCCUGCAGCUUGGGGACCCACGUUGACGCACGAGGUCUUAGUAAAUUUUCUUUUGAACAAUGGGCUUCGGAGAUCUAAAAAACCCCGCCGGACUCAAGGUCCUGAAUGACUUUCUGGCUGACAAAAGCUACAUUGAAGGGUAUGUGCCAUCUCAGGCUGACGUCGUCGUAUUCGAUGCCCUGUCUGGAGCCCCUCCAGCUGACCUGUGCCACGCUCUGCGCUGGUACAACCACAUCAAGUCCUACCAGAAGGAGAAGGCCAGCCUCCCUGGUGUGAAGAAACCCCUGGGUCAGUACGGUCCAGCAGGCGUGGAUGACACCACUGGCGGAGACUCAAACGAAGACGACGAUGACAUUGACCUGUUUGGCUCCGACGAUGAGGAAAGUGAGGAGACCAAGAGGCUGAAGGAGGAGAGGCUCGCUGCCUACAACGAAAAGAAGUCCAAAAAACCAACUGUCGUCGCCAAGUCCUCCAUCCUUUUGGAUGUCAAACCCUGGGACGAUGAGACAGACAUGGCCAAGAUGGAGGAGUGUGUCCGUAGCAUCCAGCUGGACGGUCUUUUGUGGGGACAGUCCAAACUGGUGCCUGUUGGUUACGGUAUCAAAAAGCUGCAGAUCGGCUGUGUUGUAGAAGACGACAAAGUCGGAACCGACCAGCUGGAGGAACUGAUCACGGCGUUCGAGGACCAUGUGCAGUCCGUGGAUGUGGCGGCCUUCAACAAGAUCUAGAACACCCCCCCCCCGCAUAGUGAUGAAAGCAUUAUAGCUACACAAUAAAGCACUUGAAACGUGAAAAAUGA